AUGUUAGAAGCAGCUGAGCGUUAUAAAGGCAAACCUUUAGAAGAACAACAACUCGUUUUAAUGAAUGCUCAACUUAGAUUACAGAGAGGAAAUGUUGAUGGGGCUAUAAAAGUUUUACAAGCAGUCAAGCCUGAUCAACCAAAUUAUCGUGCUGCCCGUAUAAAAAUGGCACAGAUUUAUUUGGAAGAAAAACAUGAUAAACACCGUUUUGCUCUUUGUUACAGAGAUUUACUUGAGCAAGAUACUAGUCCUCAAAUUUACGAAUUACUUGGAGAUGCUUACAUUUCAAUUCAAGAGCCUGAACUUGCUAUUGACGCCUAUGAGACAGCAAUGCGUCGAGCGCCAAAAGAUUAUCAGCUAGCUGAGAAAAUAGGAAAUGCUUAUGUAAAAUGUCAUCUUUACAAUAAGGCAAUUACUUUCUAUGAAACAGCAAUGAAAAGUAGUGGAAGGCAAAAGAUUUUACGAAUUCGUUUCGCUGAGCAGCUAUUUCAAAUGGGAAAUUUUGAUAAAUGUAAACGUGUUUUAAAAGAAGUACUUGAUGCAGAAACUGAUCCAAGUGAUAUUCAAACAAUUCGAGAACACGUUUCUUAUUGGAUGCUUAUUUCACGUCUACACAUGGAAACGAGUGAAUGGGAUCAGGCAUGCCGGGAUUUAUUAAAAGCACGCCAACUCCAAUUAAGAAUUGUUGGAAACGGUGGUAGAGAAGGUUUGAAUAUUGCUGAAGAGAAGAAAUUGGCUGCUUUAAUUUGUCAACAACUUGCUGAAUUAUACGCAAAUAGUCGUGAUUGGAAUAAAGCAAUUGAAUUAUUUAAAGAAGCAAUUGGACAUAAUGAACGUGACACUAAAAGUCAUUUAUCCCUUGCUGGAAUUUAUGCCUCUCUUGGAAAAUUACAUUUUUGUGAUCAACAAUGUCAACAAGUUUUGAAUUUUGAUCCAAAUAAUAAUGAUGCUACUUUGUUAUUGGCUGAUUUAAUGUAUCAGAAAAAUGAGGGAGAAGAGGCUAUGAAACACUUUGCACAAUUAUUGGAAAGAAAUCCGAGUCAUUAUCAUGCCUUAGCCCGUUAUAUUGAAUUAUGUUGGCGUCGGGGAAAUAUUGAAUUGGGUGAAAAAAUGUUGAGAAAUGCUUUAGAAAGCAAUCCUAGAGCUACUGUGGAUGCUGGCUUUAAUUUUUGUAAAGGCCUUAUUGAAUGGUAUACAGGAGAACCAAAUUCAGCACUUCAAGCAUUUAACAGGGCCCGUCGUGAUUUGGAAUGGGGAGAGAGAGCAUUGUAUAAUAUGAUUGAAAUUUGUUUAAAUCCGGAUAAUGAAAUUAUGGGAACAGAAAAUAAUGAGCAUCAAUUAACUGUGGAAGAGGCUAAUGAAGCUAAUGAAUCUUAUAGGGCAGCAGACCGGUUUUUCCACGAAUUGAGACAUAAAUCUAUGUUGGAUAGAAGAUAUAAACUUAUUGAGAAUUUUAUUCUUUUGGCUAGUCCAAAUAGAUCGAAUAUACAGAGAGCUUUAAAUAAUUUUUUGGAAAUGUCCAAAACUGAUGGAACACAAGAAAGUGAGGCAAAUGUUAGUGCCGGUGCAAUCCUUGGAUCAGCUAGAGCUAUGUUAAUGAUGAAACAAACACAAAAAGCUAAAUUACAAUUAAAAAGAGUUUUAACCCAUGCUUGGAGUUUGGAAGAAGCUGAUUAUUUACAGCAAUGCUGGCUUCUAUUAAUUGAUAUUUAUAUAAAUCAAGGAAAGAAUGAACAAGCAAGUAAUGUACUCAGAACUGUUUUACAACAUAAUUCAAGUUGUAGUAAAGCUUAUGAAUAUAUGGGAUUUAUUUGUGAAAAAGAACAAAAAUAUUUUGAUGCCGCGGCUAAUUAUGAGGCUGCUUGGAAUGUUUGUAAAAGGCGUAACCCUGGAAUUGGUUACAAACUUGCAUAUAAUUACUUCAAAUGUCGAAGACUGAUUGAAUGUAUAGAAGUCUGUCAUGCAGUAUUAAAACGUUAUCCGACUUAUCCAAAAAUUAAAAAAGAAAUUUUGGACAAGGCUAGAGCAAAUAUAAGAAUGUGA